AUGGGUAACAGUUUGUCGCAACUGUUUGGUCAGACACCGGCCGACUCAGACUCCGCCGCCGCCAACGAUAGUCUUAACGAUUCAAUCAAUACCAGCGAAACUGGCGACCAAUCGUUUCGCGAACUGCAAGAAGAAACUGGUUUUACUCGCAGACAAUUGGAACAGUUUUACGAACGAUUCAAAGAUUUGGUCCGUUUUCGGGCCAAAGGAGACGUCGAAAAGUCAACGUAUAUAACGGUCGAAGAUCUUUCAUCGUUGGAAUCAAUUAGAUUGAAUCCAUUGGGCGACCGUAUUAGCCGUGUGUUCAUCAGUUACGCUACGACCGAAAAUUCAAUGAAAUUUCCCGAAUUUGUCAAAACUUUGGCACUGUUUCGGACCACUUCGGGCGAUAAGGAAGACGAUCGGCAAAAGAAACGAAUUGAAAAACUCCGGUUUUUAUUCAAAAUCUACGACACAAGAAAUGAUGGAUCAAUUACUGACAAAGAGUUGUGCGAAAUAUUGGAUAAAGUAUUCAGCGAUAAGGCGGACAAAAAAGAAAUGUCUAAACAAGUCGUUCAAGACAUGAACAAAGGUAUCGGUGAUAGUGUUUCGUUUGACGACUUUUGCCGCUAUCUGUCAUCUGUUGACAUCGACAUCACAUUCAGUUUGCCAUUUCUGAAGAGAAGAUCCCGAUAA